AUGGCCGGCGAACCGGGAGAGGCGAUGGCUCACAAGGCCUUCGACACCAUUCUGGUGCUCGACUUUGGCUCGCAGUAUACCCAUUUGAUCACACGCCGUCUCCGUGAGCUCAAUGUCUUCUCGGAGAUGCUGCCAUGCACUCAGAAGCUCUCUGAGCUCAAGUUCACCCCCAAGGGCAUCAUUCUCUCCGGUGGACCGUACUCGGUCUACGAGGAUGGCGCUCCUCACGUCGAUCCUGCUGUCUUUGACCUGAACGUGCCUAUCUUGGGCAUUUGCUAUGGCAUGCAGGAGAUCGCCUACCGCAUCAACUCUGAGAACGUCAUUGCCGGCACUCACCGCGAGUACGGCCAUGCCAUGCUCAAAGCUCGAUCCAUCGGAGGCCAUGUUGACCGCCUCUUCGAUGGAAUCGAGGAAUCCAUGCGCGUGUGGAUGAGCCACGGCGACAAGCUCGCCAAACUACCCGACGGCUUCCACACGGUUGCGACCUCGGAUAACUCUGAAUAUGCCGCAAUUGCCCACGGCAGCAGGCCGAUUUACGGCCUCCAGUUCCACCCUGAAGUGACACACACUCAGAACGGGACUGCGCUUCUCAAGAACUUUGCUGUCGGGAUCUGCGGCUGCAAGCAAGAAUGGACGAUGCAGAAGUUCCUCGAGGAGGCAAUUGCACAGAUCCGCCACACUGUCGGUGAGAAGGGCCAGGUACUGGCCGCCGUUAGCGGUGGCGUCGAUUCUACGGUGGCGGCAAAGCUCAUGAAAGAGGCGAUUGGCUCAAGGUUCUGGGCCGUACUCGUCAAUAAUGGCGUCAUGAGGCUUAAUGAGUGCGAACAGGUUCAGAAAGAUCUCUCGGAGGCUCUCGGCAUCAACCUCACCGUUGUCGAUGCGUCUCAGGAGUUCCUUGACGGCCUGAAGGGUGUCGACGAUCCCGAGAAAAAGCGCAAGUUCAUCGGUGGCAAGUUCAUCGACUGUUUCGAAGCCGAGGCGGUCAAGAUCGAGGAGGCGGCCGCCCAUGACCCGACCAAAGCGGGCAAGAUCGAGUUUUUCAUGCAAGGCACACUUUACCCUGAUGUAAUCGAGUCGCUCUCGUUCAAAGGCCCGUCUGCCACUAUCAAGACGCACCACAAUGUCGGUGGUCUCCCUGCGCGAAUGAUGAACGGUCAGGGGCUCAGACUCAUCGAGCCCCUGAGGUCCUUGUACAAGGAUGAAGUUCGCGCCCUCGGACGGGCGCUGGGAAUUCCGGAGGAGCUGGUGAUGAGGCAUCCUUUCCCUGGCCCCGGUAUUGCCGUUAGGAUCCUGGGUGAAGUGACCCCUGAGAAGGUCGAGAUCGCUCGUCAAGCUGAUCAUAUCUUCAUCUCUGAAAUUCGCAAGGCGGGUUUCUACAACCAAAUCUCUCAAGCCUAUGCCGCCGUCGACCCCAGCCGUGCUGUAGGCGUUAUGGGGGAUAAGCGGGUCUAUGGCUAUAUUAUCGUCCUCCGCGCCGUAACAACAACCGACUUCAUGACAGCGGAAGCCUUCAACUUCCCGUGGGAAUUCCUCCAGCGGGUCAUGAACAGGAUCGUCAACGAGGUUCAUGGCGUGUGCCGCGUUGUUUACGACGUGACAUCGAAGCCGCCCGGCACGAUCGAGCUGGAGUAG